AUGGGCUCAGUGUUACCCGCAGAAGCAAUGGCCCUAAAGACUGGAUUUAAGUCGCACAGCCCGGGUCUGUCCGACAUCAUCACAUCAGACAUCCUGCACAGUUUCCUGUAUGGCAGGUGGAGAAAUGCGCUUGGAGAGCAUCUAUUUGAGGAGAAGAGCAACAUAGUCGGUCCUAAAACUGCCUUCACCGCCGAGGUGCUUGCUCAGUCCUUCUCUGGAGAGGUUCAGAAGCUGUCCAGCCUCGUCCUGCCCAGUGAGGUGAUCAUUGCACAGAGCUCCAUCCCCGGUGAAGGCCUGGGCAUCUUCUCCAAGACAUGGAUUAAAGCGGGCACUGAGAUGGGUCCCUUCACUGGCAGGGUCAUUGCACCUGAGCAUGUAGACCUUUUUAAGAACAACAACCUGAUGUGGGAGGUUUUCAAUGAGGAUGGGACAGUGCGCUAUUUUAUCGAUGCCAGUCAGGAGGAUCACCGCAGCUGGAUGACUUACAUCAAAUGUGCCCGAAAUGAGCAAGAACAAAAUUUGGAGGUAGUGCAGAUUGGAAGCAGCAUAUUCUACAGAGCAGUAGAGACAAUACCGCCAGAUCAGGAAUUGUUAGUAUGGUAUGGAAAUUCCCACAACACAUUUUUAGGCAUUCCUGGGGUUCCUGGCAUGGAUGAGGAACAUCAAAAGAAGCAGAAAAAUGAAGACUUUCACCUGUGUGACACUUCGGCCUCCAUCACAUCGCUUGGCACAGUGGGCCGCAUGCGCUGCGUCAUCUGCCACCGUGGCUUUAACUCCCGCAGCAACUUGCGCUCACAUAUGCGUAUCCACACACUUGACAAGCCUUUUGUCUGCCGCUUCUGCAACCGGCGCUUCAGUCAGUCAUCGACCCUGCGCAAUCAUGUGCGCCUGCAUACCGGUGAGCGCCCUUACAAGUGCCACGUGUGCCAGAGCGCCUACUCACAGCUGGCAGGUCUGCGCGCACACCAAAAAAGUGCCAGGCACCGUCCGCCCAGCUCAGGACCAGUGGUGGGGCUUCAGACCCCAUCACCCCCACCUCCUCAAAUGGCACCAGUACCUCAUCCAGCCUCACUGGUUCACCACAUACCUACCAUGGUUCUAUGAACUGGUUAAAGUGGCGCUCACUUUAAAAACACUUCAAACCCUUUUAGCCUCACGGGGCAUGUGGCACUGAUGAUGCAUAUCCUGUUUCUGGAUGAUGCAGUUUAUGCUUUUGGCUGUGUGAACACUCACAGCUGAAGUACUAAGAGAGUGUAGUUUUGUAUGUUCAUGUUGAAUUAUUAGAGGCCGAUAUACAGAGACUACCAAGUACAGAUGGAUUCUUCGAUCUACUUAUAUCUGUUGUAUGUGGCUUACAGAAGAGCAACGUCAAAGCAGGUGGUCAGGGUGUGUAAUCGACUUCUCUUUGCAUGCAAGUUGUUACAUUGUUAAUAAAUAAAGAAGAAAAUUACUCAAUGCCCAGAAAAUCCAAACGAUCAAUUUGCGUGGCGCUUCAGUAACCAAAAAUGGAGACCUACUAGCACCAUCUAGUGACUUGUUAUUCUUAACAAGAUUAAAGCACAAGGGCACAAUAUUGUACAUCAACUGUGGUAUGUAAAAUAUGUAAAGAAAUGUGAAUAUUUGAAGAUUUACUUCCACAGUUUACUAAAAAGUCACUUUAUUUGUGUAUGUAUGUAAAAUGUUAAAUACAAAUUAUUGGUUCUAUUAUAUUAUGUAU